AUGGCAAAGAUACCAGCUGUCGGCAUAGAUCUUGGCACGACCUACUCGUGCGUCGGUGUGUUCCAGCACGGAAAGGUGGACAUUAUUGCUAAUGAUCAGGGAAACCGGACCACCCCGUCCUACGUGGCAUUCACCGACUCGGAACGGUUGAUUGGCGAUGCUGCCAAGAACCAGGUGGCCAUGAAUCCAAACAACACCAUUUUUGAUGCAAAGCGCUUAAUUGGUCGUAAAUUUGACGACCCCACAGUACAGAGCGACAUGAAACAUUGGCCGUUUGAAGUCAUCAGUGACGGUGGCAAACCGAAGCUACAGGUAGAAUAUAAGGGUGAGAAGAAAUCUUUCUUCCCGGAGGAAGUCUCGUCCAUGGUUCUGACCAAGAUGAAGGAAACGGCCGAAGCGUACCUGGGCAAAAGCAUCGCCAAUGCAGUCAUUACCGUUCCGGCCUACUUUAACGACUCGCAGCGUCAGGCAACGAAGGAUGCCGGUGCGAUCGCCGGAUUGAAUGUGCUGCGUAUCAUCAACGAACCGACGGCGGCGGCCAUUGCGUACGGUUUGGACAAGAAGGGAUCCGGCGAGCGAAAUGUGCUGAUCUUCGAUCUGGGCGGUGGCACUUUCGACGUUUCGAUCCUUACCAUUGAGGAUGGCAUUUUUGAGGUCAAGUCCACGGCCGGCGAUACUCACCUUGGUGGUGAAGACUUUGACAACCGCAUGGUGUCCCACUUUGUGGAAGAGUUCAAGCGCAAGCACAAGAAGGACAUUACGAGCAACAAGCGUGCCCUGCGCCGGCUGCGUACGGCGUGCGAGCGGGCAAAGCGUACUCUUUCCGCGUCGACCCAAGCCAGCAUCGAGAUUGACUCAUUGUUCGAGGGUAUCGAUUUUUACACUUCCAUCACGAGAGCUCGCUUCGAGGAGCUUAACUCGGAUCUGUUCCGCGACACGAUGGAACCGGUAUCGAAGGCACUGCGCGAUGCGAAGAUGGAUAAGGCAAGCAUUCACGACAUUGUGCUCGUUGGUGGUUCGACCCGUAUUCCCAAGGUGCAGAAGCUGCUGCAGGACUUUUUCAACGGCAAGGAGCUGAACAAAUCCAUCAAUCCGGAUGAGGCCGUUGCGUACGGUGCAGCCGUCCAGGCCGCCAUUCUGCAGGGUGAUACGUCGGAAGCGGUACAGGAUCUGCUGCUGCUGGACGUGACGCCACUCUCGCUGGGCAUUGAAACGGCGGGCGGUGUGAUGACGGUGCUGAUCAAGCGCAACACUACGAUUCCGACGAAACAGACGCAAACAUUUACCACCUACUCGGACAACCAGCCCGGUGUGCUGAUCCAGGUGUUUGAGGGUGAGCGUGCGAUGACGAAGGACAACAAUCUGCUGGGCAAGUUCGAGCUGAGCGGAAUUCCGCCCGCACCGCGUGGCGUGCCCCAGAUUGAGGUAACGUUCGAUAUCGAUGCGAACGGCAUCAUGAACGUGUCGGCCAUCGAAAAGUCCACCAACAAGGAGAACCGUAUCACCAUCACCAACGACAAGGGUCGCCUCAGCAAGGAGGACAUCGAUCGGAUGGUGAACGAGGCGGAAAAGUUCCGCAACGAGGAUGAGAAGCAGCGGGAAAAGAUUACCGCCAAGAACGCGCUCGAGGCGUACUGCUUCAACAUGAAGUCGACGAUGGAGGACGCGAACAUUAAGGACAAGAUCCCGGACGCGGACAAAACGUUGAUCAUGGACAAGUGUAAUGCCACUAUCGCUUGGCUGGACGGUAACCAGACCGCCGAGAAGGAGGAGUUCGAGCACAAGCAGAAGGAGCUCGAGGCGGUGUGCAAUCCCAUCAUUCAAAAGCUGUACCAGGGAGCGGGUGGUAUGCCGGGUGGUGGUAUGCCCGGUGGUGGCAUGCCCGGUGCAGGUGGUGCUCCACCAACUUCCGGCGCUGGACCGACGAUAGAGGAAGUGGACUAA